GCGCAGGACUACUACCGCAAGACUCCUUUGCAUUUGGCGAUACUGCAAGGAUACAAAGAGGUAGUCAAGGAGCUAUUCGACCAUAGAGCCGAUAUAUCCACUACAGAUUUCAAGGGGCGAAUAGCACUGCACCUUGCUGCAUAUAGCUAUUCUCUAGGUGUUCUCAGACUUCCCCUGGAAAGACGAGCGGAUAUGGCCGCUCGAGAUGGCGAAUGCAUGGCGCCGCUUCACUUUUCAUAUCAGAAAGGCAUUACAAGGAUGAAAGACUACUUGAUCGAGAAGGGAGCUAAUAGAGAGGCCAAGGCCAUCUACGGCCUUACUCCAGAGAUGCUUCAUCCU